AUGAAUGGAGUCGGUCUUGAACAUAAUCAUCUGUUCGGCUUUGGCAUUUUAGACGCCGCUGAAAUGGUAAUGCUUGCGAUGGUCUGGAAAACAGCACCACCCCGUUAUCAUUGCACCGGUGGUACCAUCGAUACGACUUACAUCUCAGCAUCAGAAAUGAGCAGGGACGCGGCUUCUAUCAAGGAUUGGUCCACGCACGUCGUCACAUUCAAGAGCUUUUGUAUCAGCUUCCAAGAGUGAAAAGAAUAUCUUGAG